UUCUCAUCAACUUUCUUAUUAUGAACUAAAUAAAUGUUCAGACAAAGAAGCCAUUUCUAACAUUUAUAGUACACAAUUAUAUAUAUAUAUAUGUGUGUGUGUGUGUCCGUGGGGAUAUAUACAUAUAUAAAGAACCUCUCCUACUGUCAUUUACCCUGCGAAGCCCACAAACAAAACGCUACACGAGUCUUUCCUGGGUUCUUUCUCUCCCUGUCUCUCUCUCUCUCUCCCUCUCCUCUCUUCUCUUCCUCUCUGUAGAUGGAGUGAUGGAUCAAUGCUUGUAACCGAUUUGAAAAUUUAUCAAUUUUCGAAGAAGCAGUUCAGGAAAAAGAGGACAUAUGGAGGUGGAGAAGAGGACACUGGUGAAUGGAGGCAUGAAAUUACCAAUUGGAUACAGGUUUCACCCAACGGAGCAAGAGCUUAUCCUUCAUUACUUGCUCCCAAAGGCCUUUGCUUCUCCUUUGCCUUCCUCCAUCAUCCCUGUCUUUGAUGUCUUCUUCUCUCACCCUCUUACUUUCCCAGGGGAUCAAAAGGAGAAGCAAAGGUACUUCUUUUGCAAGAAGAGAAGAGAAGUGUCAAGUAAGGAUCAGCAUAGAAUCAAGACUUCAUCUAGUGAUGGUUAUUGGAAAUCUUAUGGGAAAGAGAGACAGAUCAUUUCUUGUGGUAGAACAGUUGGGAUUAGAAGAACACUUGCUUUCUAUGAAACAAACAAGUCUUCUUCUAAUUGCAACAAAACCAGAUGGAGCAUGACAGAGUAUUGCCUGGCCGGAUUCGCAUCAACUAAGGUGUUUGGAGAAUGGGCUGUGUACAGUGUGUAUGAGAGGAAAGUAUCGAAAGGAAGAAUGCAGAGGAAAGCAAAAGGGAGAGAUGAUGAAGAAGACUUGAGUUGCAUCCACUUUACGAUUGGGUCCGAUCAUGAAACCGGUCCUCCACCGCCCUCUCCUCCUACCUCAGCUGAUGAGUCAGGGAGCAUUAUUUAAAAGUUUCUCCUUAACCUUAACCUACUCUGUCCACUCACGUUUCCAAGCUAUUUUUAAAACAUUUCCAUCAUUUCUACGUCUUGAUUCAUUUGUUAGAGAAACAAGUAACUGAGGCUAAGGGAUCUCGUUUUGAUAUGAAAAUGUUGUAUGAGUGGAGAUUCGUUGAGCAACCCAUAUAUAUGUCAAACUUGUUAAUUUUUGCCUUAAGUUCUGUUGACAUUAUAAUGGAGUUAAAGUGAUA